AUGGCGCUCCUCAUCAAUGUUGAGGCCGGACACCCUGGUAUUUGCAUCAAGUGUGGGCUUGGCAUCUACGGGGCAAGGCAGGCAUGCCAGGCAAUGGGGAGCCUGUAUCACACAGAUUGCUUCACCUGCGACUCCUGUGGGAGACGACUUCGAGGGAAGGCGUUCUACAACGUGGGUGAGAAAGUGUACUGCCAGGAGGACUUCCUGUACUCUGGGUUCCAGCAAACAGCCGACAAGUGUAGUGUGUGUGGACACCUCAUCAUGGAGAUGAUCCUGCAGGCCCUCGGGAAGUCCUACCACCCAGGCUGCUUCCGGUGCUCAGUGUGUAACGAGUGCCUGGACGGGGUGCCCUUCACUGUGGAUGUGGAGAACAACAUCUACUGCGUCAGAGACUAUCACACGGUUUUUGCACCGAAAUGUGCCUCCUGUGCCCGUCCUAUCCUCCCUGCACAGGGCUGUGAGACAACCAUCCGUGUGGUGUCCAUGGACAGAGACUACCAUGUGGAGUGUUACCACUGUGAGGACUGCGGGCUGCAGCUGAGUGGGGAGGAUGGACGCCGCUGCUACCCCCUGGACGGCCACCUGCUGUGCCGCCGCUGCCACCUGCGGCGCCUCAGGCCCGGGCCCCUCCCCUCACCUGCGGUGCACGUCACGGAGCUCUGA